AUGAAGACAGUGGCAUUUGCAGCCGUGACUUUUUUCCCGGCAGUAUUUGGAUGGACAGACAAAUGGGACCACUCCAAGCGCUUCAAUGCUGCUGGCCACGCACAGCUCGACUGUGACGGUACAAGCCAACCGGCAUCUUGCUGCAUCUGCAAGUCGAUCGUGUUUGAGGUCGAAACGCAGCUGAACAAUACGCAGAAUGACUACGACAUGGACGUUGUCUUUCGCAUCAGCGAAGAGAAGAAGCGGAUUAAGUAUUCCCGCAGCGAGGCUCGUAUUCUCGAGGUAUUGGAUGAUGUGUGCAAGCAAGUCCCGCUUAAUUUUCCCAGCAGCAACAACGUGGCCACGCGAAUGCUGAGUGCUGCAUGCAAUGACUUUGUCGGUGAAUACGAGGACGAGCUUACGCGCAUCUUCUUUGACGACUUUACGCCUGCUAAGGAGCGGAUGUGCGUAAGUAUAUUACAAGUCUGCCCCGACACGACGUCAAAAUUCGAAGAGCUCUAA